UGCAGCUGACUGCUGAAUAUUUGAGAGAAACAUCUUUCCUAUUUAUAUGCAUUAAUUACAUGUACAUUCGUGGUUCCUUGUGUAAUCAAAAUCACGAUAUUGACAGAAUUCCAAAAUGUCAGACACUUGGAGCGAUAUUCAGGCAGUCAAACGCCGCCAAGAAAACCUCAGAGAACGUUUGCAACGCAGAAAGAAAGAGCGGCAGAACUUGGGCUUGAGUGGUCCGAGUGACGGCAGUGGCAGUGCGGCGAUAACUGAUGUUGCUGCAAACCCAGGGACUCCGGGCAUUUCCGUCUCUCGAAGCGACACCAACAGUCCGCUCACGGUAGUCCCUGUCGCUGCCGAACAUAAAUUGGAUCCACGAACAGAGAAGAAACUUCUGGAGAGGCUGUGCGAUCAUUCGCUGUCACUCCCUGUGGACUCGGACAGUUUGCAUUCCUCUCUUAGCAAGAUAUUAGCCCAUGAAGUGUCCCAAGCGAGUGUGGAGAGUCUACUCCAGAAGUUCCUGGCCCAGGAACUCAUUACUGUCAGAGAGGGCAGCACAGCUGAUGGCCAACCUUGUUUGGUUGUCGUCUCCGUGGAAUAUAACAAGAUCUCAGCUAUGACAGUUGAGCUGAGUGAGCGGGAUAGAGGAGUCAGCCCAGCCUUGCCAUCAAGCAGAAAGAGAAAACGAGAGGGUUCUCCUGGGCCUAAGACGCAAGACGACGCAUCCAAAAAUAGCAAGACUGCGGCGUCCAAAGAGAAGCAACAACAGGAGGGGGAGGAGCAACUGGACGUGCAGAAGGAGGACAACUUGGAGAGUUUGCUGUCAGCGACAUCCUUCAAGGAACAAGAGAAUAAAGAGAUGGGACAGGAGUUGUUUGAAUUGUUGAGCAUUCCGACAGCCAAGGAGCAGUCAUUGGUUGAAAAGUUCAAAUCCCAAGGAGGCACUGUUCAAGAAUUCUGUGCUCACGGAACCAGAGCUGACUGUAUGAAAGAGAUGGGUGCCAAUCACAAAUGCAAUAAGCUUCACUUCAGACGACUCAUAAACAAACACACCGAUGAAUCGCUUGGUGACUGUUCGUUUCUAAACACCUGUUUUCACAUGGACACCUGCAAGUAUGUACAUUAUGAGAUUGAGUACCCAUCCAAGCCAGACAAUAACCAGCAAAUUCUGGGCGCACCGAGGGGUGUCCGUAGCAACAGCAACGUGACCAUGAUUCCUGCUCAGUGGAUCCAGUGCGACCUGCGAAGUCUGGACAAGAGCAUUCUGGGAAAGUUUGCCGUCAUCAUGGCUGACCCACCCUGGGAUAUCCACAUGGAGCUUCCCUACGGCACCAUGCAGGACGAUGAAAUGAGACAUCUUAACGUUCCCAUGCUGCAAGACGAGGGCUAUAUAUUCCUCUGGGUCACUGGGAGAGCUAUGGAGUUGGGGCGUGAGUGUUUGAGACUUUGGGGUUAUGAGAGGACUGAGGAACUCAUCUGGGUCAAAACUAACCAGCUACAGCGACUGAUCCGGACUGGACGCACAGGGCAUUGGCUGAACCAUGGAAAGGAACACUGCCUGGUUGGAAGAAAGGGCGAUCCUAAGGGGUUUAACAAGGGUCUAGACUGUGAUGUCAUCGUCGCUGAAGUCCGAGAAACCAGUCACAAACCAGACGAGAUCUACGGACUGAUUGAGAGGCUGUCACCGGGUACGCGGAAAAUUGAGCUGUUUGGACGAGCCCACAACGUCCAACCAAACUGGAUGACCUUGGGUAACCAGUUGGAUGGUGUGCAUCUAGUUGAGCCCGAUCUGAUCGAACGGUUCAAGGAGGUCUAUCCAGACUGGAACGCCAUGAAACCGCCACAGAAGAAAGCGACAACUGGAACCUAACUCAACCCACAAUGGACCUUGUGCUUAGAAGCCAUCUUAGGAUGCAAUGCCUUUGUAUUGCCGGGAUAUGCAUGAGUGACCCUUUUGUGCAUUCAUUGUUACUGAAUUGAAAUAACAAAAGAUGUUCUUUAACUGCCAGGGGGAGGAGGGGGAAGGUGUCACAUACCCCCACCCCCAGUUAGCCACACCCCCACCCUCAGUUAGCCACACCCCCACCCCCAG